AUGGGGCUAACUAUGUCGAGUCAAAGCUCUGACGUUUUCUCUGAAGCGGGAACUUCAUUGGGAGACUGGGGGAAAUUGCCAUACGUAGCGCUGGCGUUGAUCUUUUCUUAUCUACCGGACCGCGACAAGUUCAACGCCAGUUUGGUUAACAGAAUGUGGGGCGAGGGUUUUUCCUGGCCAGGAAACUGGCGCCAUCGGGAGAUGAUAUUUUACGGUGCUUGCGAGGACACCGUAGCCAAGGAAAAAGCAUUUGCCGAUCGAUUCGGGGCUCAGUUGAAAUCCCUGAGGCUGAGGUGUUGGAGUCCUGCGCAAGGACCAGCUCUGGAUAUUUACUUGAGAAAGGUGGCCGAGGUCUUGGACAUAAUUUCGCUGAACUCCUCGCUUCGCGAGCUCCACGUAAGGAUUCCAAUUUCACUGCUGGGAAUCACUUUUCUUAAAAGACGUGUGGUUCCAGGUGGCGGAUGUGGAGGGCCUGGGGUACACGGACGACGAAUUGAUAACGGUCUGUUGCACUGUCUCCGCAUUCGCCCCCCCCCCCGAAUCGAGAGUCAAACUGAUUAAAUCGAAGCGAUUUUAAUUUCUAGGUAAACGAUCUUCUUUUCGAAAGCGAACGGAGGGCGGUGGGAAAAGCCAGAAUGGUUAUCAUUCUGGAAAAUCUGAUCCAGUGAGAAUCACUUGAAAAUAUCAGCCGCCCGAGAUUUUCCUUACAUGAAUUUAAAAUUUUACUCAGAAGUCAAAGUGAGCUGCAGGUUCUCGAUCUCCAGGAAGUCGAUUGUGCGUGGGAGGUCGGUUUGCGUCUCGUAAAAUCAGCGGCAUCGUCAGACGCGGCGGAAAACACGCUGCAUACUCUCCUCUUGUCCGGCACAUUCAAUGAGCUACCUCCCGGAAUGACCGCUUCCUCCUCGCCCGAUUACAUCCGAACAAUGUCAACAUUUCGUAAGCUCGCCUAUCUUCGAAUGGACUAUAGAUGUCUGAGCUGCAAACUUCUCGACACCCUUGGCACCUCUUUGGGCGACUACUUCCGCCGAUUUGCUAUCCUAUGUUCCGAAGACGAUGGCCCGGAGCUUCCGAACCUGGAAGACGUGACUUGGAAGACCUUGGCUUCGAGAUGUCCAUUCCUACGGGUUGAAUUGACGAUAGGUAUAAGUAGGGGCGAGAAACCAUAGCUUUUGAUCACCCGACAGAAUUGGUUGAUCGGUUUAUGUACAACGGAACCAUUAAUCGAGCUUUCCCGAUGACUCUAGAAGGGAAUAACAGGAGUGUCGGGUGGAGGAAUGCCCUUUUGAAGCCAGGCAUGCCUCUCGUGUCUCUCAGUUUGGACGGUGAAAUGUCCCGUCAACACUCGGAGUACUGGGACACCACGCCAACCCUGGAGUUGCUCUUGAGGGAGUACCGGAACACUCUUGGUUUGUGUUAACGAUUGAAAAUUGUUAAAAUUAUUUCGUCACAACAAGUGAUGGUUUGACAACCUUAGAGCAUCUGUCGCUUGGCGUCAGUCAUCGGACGAUGAGUAUGACGGCCGAAAAAUUGACCGCGGAAAUGGUGUCCCGAGCUUUACGUCUGAAAAAAUUAAAAACCCUGCAUCUUUCGGGGCCGAUAGAUCGCGAAGCGGUGACGACGCUCUACGGGUUACUCGAUCGGUCUCAUGGGGCGAAAAAUCUCCAACGAGUUACUUUGACCGUCUGGUGUAACAGCGAAGAAGAAAUUGACAAUCUUUGGAGGGCCAAUCGAACGGCGUCGCAAAACAGGGUCUCUAAAAAGACCGAAGUUCGCCUGAUCCCGAUGCUCUAACGACAAUUUUGCUAAUCUUUCUUCUGUUUUUUUUUUGAAUUCACAUAGACGCAGGAUGAGGUAUGAAGGUGCUGUACAAUGAUAGAAUCUUUUGUAUUUGAAAACUGUUUUUAUUUGUACACGAAGGAGAACAGGUAAUUACUAUGUGUAUUCUACAGAAUCGAAUGCAUGACAGAUAUUAAUGUUAUUGCGCGAGGUUGGGUGCUAAGGUGUAUACAUGUACAACUUAUUAAUAACGAUAAUUUUAGUGAAUCCGUUUUCGGCAUAAUACAUAACAUGAAUAAUACUCUUCGAGAAUUUA